UUUGGCUUUCAAUAAAAAAGAGGAAAGUGGGAGCUGUGAGAGACAGAGACAAGGAAAUAUCUUUUUUUGUAAUUUUUAUUUUCCUUUUUCUCUUCUCUUCUAUCGCAAGAAGAAGCAGAGAGAUAGUCUAUAGGCAGAGAAGAGAUCGUUGUAGUUCAUAGCUAAAGAAGCAUCUGAGAGAAAGAGAGAUAGAGAUGAGAGAAAUAAUAAGCAUACACAUUGGACAAGCGGGAAUUCAGGUGGGAAACUCAUGCUGGGAGCUUUACUGCCUGGAGCAUGGCAUCAAUCCAGAUGGCAUGAUGCCCAGUGACACUUCAGUGGGUGUUGCACAUGAUGCUUUCAAUACCUUCUUCAGUGAGACUGGUUCUGGCAAACAUGUGCCCAGAGCUGUUUUUGUUGACUUGGAACCAACAGUCAUUGAUGAGGUUAGGACUGGACCUUAUAGGCAACUUUUCCACCCUGAGCAGCUUAUUUCCGGGAAGGAAGAUGCUGCUAAUAAUUUUGCUAGAGGGCACUACACAGUUGGGAAGGAAAUUGUGGAUCUGUGCCUUGAUCGAGUGAGGAAAUUGGCUGAUAACUGCACUGGCUUGCAAGGGUUUUUAGUGUUUAAUGCUGUUGGCGGUGGAACUGGUUCUGGUCUGGGGUCUUUGUUGUUAGAACGCUUAUCAGUAGAUUAUGGAAAGAAAUCAAAGCUUGGAUUCACCAUUUAUCCUUCUCCACAGGUCUCAACUGCAGUUGUGGAGCCUUAUAACAGUGUACUCUCUACACAUUCCCUUCUUGAGCAUACUGAUGUUGCUGUGCUUCUGGACAAUGAAGCUAUAUAUGACAUUUGUCGAAGAUCCCUAGAUAUUGAAAGACCAACUUACACCAAUUUGAAUCGAUUGAUAUCUCAAAUUAUAUCAUCUUUGACAACUUCAUUAAGGUUCGAUGGAGCCAUUAAUGUCGAUGUUACUGAGUUCCAGACUAACCUUGUACCAUAUCCUCGCAUCCACUUCAUGCUUUCUUCAUAUGCUCCUGUCAUCUCAGCCGAAAAAGCAUACCAUGAGCAGUUGUCAGUACCUGAGAUCACAAAUGCUGUAUUUGAGCCUUCAAGCAUGAUGGCUAAGUGUGAUCCUAGGCAUGGGAAAUACAUGGCUUGUUGUUUGAUGUACCGAGGAGAUGUUGUUCCCAAGGAUGUCAAUGCUGCUGUUGCUACCAUCAAAACUAAAAGGACUGUUCAAUUUGUUGACUGGUGUCCAACUGGCUUCAAAUGUGGUAUCAAUUAUCAGCCUCCAACUGUAGUACCUGGGGGUGACCUCGCCAGGGUGCAGCGUGCUGUUUGCAUGAUCAGCAAUAACACAGCUGUGGCUGAGGUGUUCUCUCGCAUUGACCACAAAUUUGAUCUCAUGUAUGCCAAGCGGGCAUUUGUUCACUGGUAUGUUGGUGAAGGCAUGGAAGAAGGGGAAUUCUCAGAAGCCCGUGAAGAUCUAGCUGCCCUUGAGAAAGAUUAUGAGGAAGUUGGUGCUGAAGGUGGAGAUGAUGAAGAGGAAGGUGAAGAUUAUUGAUAACUUGUUGAAGGAGCAUAUAUAUUUGGAGUUCAGUAUGUGAGGAUUUGCUACCAUCCCUGUUAUAAUUAAAUUGUUGUUUCUGAUGUGUAGCACUGCUGCUGUAAAAUUGUCAAAAUUGUGUCUAUGUUCUCAUUAAAUGUGUUUUUGUGGUAUCAAGUCUGAUAUUUGAAAAUAAAGAGUUUGUCAUUUUCAUGAGA